AUCCAAAGAAAACCCCUCUCUCACUCCUCUUUGUUAUUUCCCUCCUUCACCCACGCAAACACACCUCCUCUUACCUCUGCCUCCAAUUCCAGCACCCACAUAGCCGAAGUUGGGGGCGGCGGUCCACGGCCACGGCGAUUACUUCAGACGGCGGCGCAGCAGUUCCCGACCAUACCCGGAAACUGAAGAACCGCGCGGCGGUACCCUCCAGCGGCAGUCACGCGCAGUUCCACCACCUCCGACGCUUCCUGUAGCAGAUCCGGCGGCGCGAACGGUAUCCAACCGAGAUUUCUCUCCGAUUCACACGUUCUGGCGAUGAGUCAGUGGUGACCUAAAGGUCAGUCAGCUCUCAUCGGCAGCCCUGCAGUUCCACAUUUCGGCAUUGACGGUGAGUUCGAUUUCGGCAGGAACAGUCAGAUUCGCCACCUCCAUAACGCACAGGCACCUCCGACGAACAGCGCAGACUGACUCCUUCCCUCCGCUGUACUCCGACGGUGAACGAUCCGGUCAAUUUUCCCUUGUGAAUUUAGAGUGAUAGAAAUCAUAACUGUGUAGCGAUGAAGGAGGACGGAGAUGUAUCAUUGAAGUCCAGCAGUAAAGAAGAGGAGAAUGUCGUAGGUUACCACAGCACCAACGUGAAGAAAGUUAGGUUAAAUUCAACUCUCACUGCUUUGCUUGACGAUCCUAUCCUGGCGGAUGUCCCCAAGAAGCCCACCUUACUGGACGUUGAUACGCUCAUCAGCCUCGAAUUGGGCAGCGCCAUGCGCAUCUCUGUCCUUAAGCUCGACGGCACCAUAAUUGAUGUGGCGAUCAUGAAUUCCGCCUUGUUGAAGGACUUGAAGCUCGCUAUCAAGAAGAAAGUAAACGAGAUGGAGCAAUCCAAGAUGGGACAUCGCCACAUUUCAUGGAAGCAUGUGUGGGCAAAUUUUUGCCUAGCACACCACAACGAGAAGAUUCUUGAUGAUAGCUCUGCGCUUCAGGAUUUUGGAAUCCGUAAUAAUUCUCAGGUGCAUUUUGUCCCGUAUGUCAUGUCAAAGAAUUCCAGAAGGCAUUCUCGAAGGAGAAAACACCGUUUCUUUCACGGUCUCAACAAAUGCACAUGAACAGACACUUCGGGCCCAGAAGGAAGAAGCCUAUCUUCUAAAGCUGCUCAUUUAGUUGGCUUCCUCGUCCUUGGAUGAAGGGUCUUCAUAGAGCAUCUGAUGUCUCUGACUCCAAGGAAGGACAAAAAAAGAAAAAUAAGAAGGAUCUCACCAUCCCAUGGGUAAAGAAGAAGCAAAAAGUUUGAAGAAACUAUAAAAUGACAGUUCCAGAGUGAACUUCGAAGUGGGUGUAAAACUUGAGGCCAAGCACUUCGGAUGUGAGAACCUAUGGUAAUGGUAUGCCAUAUAAAGUUAGGAGUAGGAGGAUAUGAUACAAAAUCUUUAUCAUAUAUAAACUUCAGCAGCAGAUCCCAACCUCAAAAAGAACCUACAAACUGCUGAAUUCCCUUCCCUCUUCUACUCUCCCUGUUUUGAAUAGUUAGCUGCAUGAACAUCA